GGAAGGAGAAAAGGAAGGUCACCAUCAUCCUCAACCUCAGCUCCGGAACUCACAGGCAGAGCCCACAGCCUGCCACCCGGACCAGGGGGUGCCACACGGAGUUGCAACUUGACUUCCCUUCCCGAGCAGCUGGGGGUUGCUCCCAUUGGCUGCUGGGCUAGCUAGGAAGGUGGAGGAGUAGUGAGGGGCUGGGCUGCCUGGUAAGGUGGAGGAGUAGUGAGGGGCUGGGCUGCCUGGGAAGGCGGAGGGGCCGUGAGGGACCGGGCUGGGUGGGAAUGUGGAGGGGCCAUGAUGGGGCGGGCCGGAUGGAAAGGCGGAGGUGCUGUGCAGGGCUGGGAAGGCAGAGGGGCUGUGAGACCCUAAGGAGGUGUGGGAAGAACACAAAGCGGAUUGGAGAAGAGGGAGAGAGAGACAGAAUUGUUCCCUGAUCUUUCACACUGGACCCUAUCCCCUCCCAGAGCCAUGGAUAGAACCCCAGAGUCCUGGCUCCCACCCCACUCUCCCCGUUCCAGCUCACUAGAUCCCACUCUUCACCCAGAACUGGGGAUAGAACCCAGGAGUCCUGGCUCCCAGUCUCCCGCUCUCGCUAUUAGAUCCCACUCCCCUCAGAAUUCAAUCUUGGUCUUGUGUACCAUGCUGUUGGGGGAUGCUUUCCCAGUAGCGUUGGGUUCCCGUCGGGGGGUCUCAGGGUCCCAGCUCCGAGGAUGGGGCCUGUGUAUCGAACACCCCGGGGGGGGCUGGGUGUGACUGAGAUUUAAUCUAGAACAGGAAGGGGCCGCAUUUCACAGGAGUUGUCUCACCCAGGGACGUACCCAGAACAUGCAGAUAACACAGGACCCCUCAUGAAUAUUGACCUGCUCUAACCACUAGACCCCACCCCCGUCAAAGAACCGAGUACAGAACCCAGAGUCCGAUCUCCCAGUGCCCCCUGCCCCCACUCCAAACCACUAGACCGCCCCCCAUCCAAGAACCGAGGACAGAACCCAGGAGUCCGAUCUCCCAGUGCCCCCCGCCCCCACUCCAAACCACUAGACGCCCCCACUCCUCGGCUGGGAGUUGUAUCAUUUGUGACUCAGCAUUUGUUCUGAGCUAACAGCGCUGGGUUAUCUCUGGAUCGUGGUGCAGCCCGUAUCAGGAAAGGACUUGUGCAAAAUACAGGCCCUUCCUCUUCCCAGGGGCACGCCUCAAUAGAUGAGCUUCUGGCCAAGCAUCUAGUUCAUUACAGCCCGGGGGGCUGGGAGCCAGGACUCCUGCCUUCUAUGCCAGGCUCUGGGAGGAAGUGGGGGCCAGUUUUAAAGCAAUGGCUGUUGCUUAGGUGAUUUCGCUGCUAAGAUAGUGAUGGAUGAUCAUUUCCAUUCACGGUUUGCAGCUUGUGGAUCUCAGGGAGUAGGUGGGGGUGGAGCAUGUAGAAGACACAGAGUUAAGGGGAGUGAACUCAACACACAGGGGAGGGCUCAGGCAUGCUGGGGACAGAGUCACGUACGCUUUGCUGGGCAAACACACACGAUCGAAGUUUCUCUCUGCGCUGGGUCCUGCAUUCCCCAGGGUACCAUGGACACGACUCUCCCACCAACCACUGGGGAAAAUUCCAGCCAGACCCCAGCAGCUGCGAGCUCCGCUCACCUGGCCUCUGCAGUGUUGCUCUUUGCCACCUUCCUGGUGGGUGUGGUGGGGAACGGGCUGUACCUGUGGGUGCUAGGACUGAAGAUGAGGAGGACGGUGACCACGCUCUUGUUCCUCUCCCUGGUCUCCUCCUAUCUCCUCUUCACCCUGCUGAUCCCCUUCUUCAUCGUCUCCCUCGUCAUGGGUUUCCACUGGGUCUUCGGCACAGCCAUGUGCAAGAUCCUCAAUACCUGCAUCUCUCUGGGCAUGUUCUCCUCUGUCUUCAUUCUCACAGUCAUCAGCCUGGACCGCUACACCCUCACUCACCACCCCAUCUGGUGCCGGAAUCACCGCACCCUGCCCCGGGCUGGGAAGAUGGUUAUGGGCGUGUGGCUGGCCUCCUUCUGUAUCAGCACUCCCUACCUGGCUUUCCGGGAGACCCGGGUGUUGGACGGGGACAGAAUCAUCUGCAUUAACAAUUACGCCCUCUCCAGAGACUGGAAUGGAGCCGAGCCACAGGGGCUGGGGAGACGGGUCCACGUGGCUGUCUUCACAGUCCGGUUCCUGCUGGGCUUCCUGCUGCCCUUCUGCACCAUCACGGGAUGCUAUGUCCAUGUUGGGCUGAAGAUGAAGGAGAAGAAGCUGAUGUGGGCUGGGAAGCCCUUCAAAGUCAUGGUGGCCGCGAUGGUUUCCUUCUUUCUUGGCUGGCUGCCCUACCACCUCUACCAUGGCUUGAAGCUCUACAAGAAGGAGGUGCCAGAGUCAGUGAUGGGCACCCUCUUGGUCAUUUACACCUUCACGUCCUGCUUCAAUGCCUGCUUCACCCCCAUCCUCUAUCUGUUUGUGGGAGAGAAGUUCUGGCAGGUCUUCAGGACAUCUUUUCUCACUCUGGUCAAAGCGGCUUUUGUCGAUGAUCUCGGCAGCAGUGCCUCCGAGUCUAGUGGAAGAUAUGAGAACGCACAACAGGUGUUAAGGUUCCUUCCCCACUCUGAACUCUAGGGUACAGAUAUGGAGACCUGCAUGAAAACUUCCUAAGCUUACUUUUACCAGCUUAGGUUAAAACUUCCCCAAGGUACAAACUAUUUUACCU